AUGAAAGCAUGGGCGACGUCCGAAACUAUCGAGGCGAGACGGGGUACAGAAGUGCGCCACCCAGGCGCCGAUGAAAAAGUGGGAGACGUCCGAAACUGCCGCCGAGGUGGUGAAAAAGCGAGAGUGUCCACACAAGGUCGACCGUCUGAUCGAACCUCCUCUCAGGCACCGGAAAAAGCUCGAAAGGGUUGUCCUGUCCACGAUCAAAAACAGUGUCCCAGCAAGACAUUUGGCAGUUUUGAGUCCACGAAGGGUUUCCCAGAUGAUGUGAUCCAGUUUGCGCGUCACCACCCUCUGAUGUAUAACCCAGUCUACCCUAUGAGCCGACGGCCCGUAUUCGUCAGAACCAACGUGGACUACAGCUUCACACAGAUUGCUGUGGACAAAGUCAACGCUGCGGACGGACAGUAUGAUGUGAUGUUUAUUGGCACAGACAAAGGGACAGUACUAAAGGUGAUCAAUAUCCCCAAGGAGAGCUGGAACGACAUGGAGGAGCUUCUACUGGAGGAGCUGGAGGUCUUUAAAGAUGCCUCGUCUAUCAUCGACAUGCAAAUAUCUUCAAAACGGCAACAGCUGUAUCUGGGCUCAGACACAGGCAUUGCCCAGGUCCCCCUGCACCGCUGCAGUGUGUAUGGGAAGGCCUGUGCUGAGUGCUGCCUGGCAAGAGACCCAUACUGCGCCUGGGAUGGAACAUCCUGUACUCGCUACCUGCCAAAUACCAAGAGACGUUUCCGUCGCCAGGAUGUAAGGAACGGAGACCCCAACACCCUGUGCUCUGGAGACCACCAUAAGCAUCGCGUUGCAGAGAGGAAGCUGUAUGGAGUUGAGGGAAGCAGCACUUUCUUGGAGUGUAUCCCCAAAUCCCUUCAGGCCAAGGUCACAUGGACUUUCCAGAAACAUCCACAGAACCCACGGGAAGAGGUGCGUCUCGAUGACCGCGUCCUCCACACAGACAGAGGGCUUCUGGUUCGUCGUGUCCUUAAGAGAGACGUCGGCCUCUACCAGUGCCAUGCCAUGGAACACGGCUUCACCCAAACAUUACUAGGCAUCACCUUGGAAGUGGUACCUUCAACAUCGUCAUCAGUUUCCAACCUACCCUCCGAUGCCCCUGUCCGAUUAGAACCCCGCAGCGGAGGUGGCACCCCAAUUACCAACCAAAAGCUUUGGUACCGGGACUUCAUGCAGCUGGUGGACCACCCUAACCUGAGCACCGUCGACCAGAUUUGUGAGCAAGUGUGGGCACGAAAGAAUGCCGGAGCUGACCAAGCGGAUAAAACCUUUCCUACUCCAGGGAAGGAAGUCCCACCUCUGGGCCCAGCUGUCCGCCCAGCUAACAAGAAGUGGAAGCAUCUUCAAGAGAUUAGGAAGGGGAGAAACCGCCGGACCCACGACGGGAAACCUAACCCCCGGGCUCCUCGCAGCGCAGGGCUGUAACAACACAUAGAUGGAGGGAGAAAAUAAUGACUGAUACAAGAAAAAAUUGAGAAGAAUGAUAGAACGAGACUGAGAAAACAAAGAACUCUUGGAGGUGUUCAUGCAUACAAAUACACCAAUGCACAUAAAAACACAUGCAGACACACACACAGCACCUCCUCCAUUGUGUAUAUUUAUCUAUCGAUUCCCCCACUAUACGGUACCACUGGCCAGCCGAUGCAUGUGCUGUCCAAAUUGAUUCUGCACGAUCCCUUUACACUGUUCAAUUAGUGUAGUUGAGUGUAUAAACAGGUAUGUGGGAGUGAACCUACCUUUAUCCGUGGACAACAAACACACUUACCCUUCUUACCCUUUGCCACUGACUGUAUAUGGAAACACCGGAUUACCACAUUUUUUGUUGGGUAAUUAAAGUUGGCCUACUACACAUACUCUAUGUGGCUCACAGUAUGAACACCCACUCUCUGGACUAUACCACUCUGAACAAAAUCAAGGUCCCAAAGUUUGGAUGACCUCUCCGCUUUUCAUACCUGGAUAUUUCAUAGUAGUGAAAAAAAAUUGCGGACUUGAGUGCUGCGUAAAAUGGGGGAAUGGAAUAACUGGAAUACUCUGCUUAGUAAGGGUCUCAAACUGGAAACACGUUUAACUAUUUAUGUUCAAUUCCACAAUGAUGCAGAUUAAUAGAAACAUUUUAGAACGUGAUAAACACACAUUUAUCAAUCUCUUGAGGUGGGGUUGGUGCACAUAUUCACAGUAACCUCAAUUUUUUCAUGGUUUUGUGUACAUAUAACACAUUGCAGUAACAGAAGAGAUACAGAUACCAGCUCUGUGGGACCGCCUGUGGAACAGAUCAGCAUGUUGCAAAACUGCUUAUAUUAUAUAGUUGCUUUUUUUGUGGUUUCCUUAGGCACAUUGAGGCAUGUUGCAGAAAAAUAAAUCACACAAUUCAACGCAGUUAUGGUUAGAGAGCCGUCAAAUCUGGCAAGAUAUGAUUACACUGCUUGUGUUGUAAAAACCACUAGAGAAUUGGGGGUGGAAAAACUACUGGCAUUCCAUGAUGUGAGAGAAAGAGGAGUUUACAGUACGCAGAUGGAGCCCAAAUAAUACGUGGAUUACGUCUAAGCAAGUUUCAAAAUUAUUGUAAUCAGCAUCAGAUGUGCAUAAAUAAAACAGUUUUGACAAAAUCCAAAUACCUUCCUUUAAAAUCCACUAUUUAUUGGUUUUUAUUUUUGGCUGUGUUUAAUGUUUUGUGCAUUAACAUUAAGGAGAAAUGGUGGUUGUUGGGUGAAAAGCAUUAAUAUGAUGAGGAGAUAGAGGGAAGUGGACUCCAGUAUGACAACCCAUGUUUCUGGGCUACAGUACAGUAUAUAUAUUAGCAUGAUAUUUAUGAGUGAAACUAUGAUUUUGUUUUUUGUAUUCUAAGCGGUACUUCUACUCCUUGCUCUUUUACACUGUUCUUGCAUAUGUUGUGUGUGAUAAAUACAUAUAUGCAAAUAAUAUGAGAUGAGUGUUAUGCCGACACCUCCUCCAGCACGAAAAGUGCUCAGAAAGCUGUUGUUCUGCGCUACCCACAAUGCAUUUCACUGUUUGCAAAAACAAAACAAAUUCCAUCUGACUCUAUACACCGUUGGAAUCACUUUCAACGUAGUGUUAGUCAUUAAUAUCAUUGACUUUUGCUGCUUAAUGAUGUCAUAUCUUCCUGAUGUACAAUUAGUACGAUAAGGUCUUCCUACUUCCUGUCUUUAGUCCUCCCUUUCUCUGUGUAAUAUCUGUAAAGAAACAUGUUUGUUGCUGUCUGUGCUGACAUGGUGUGUGUAGCCUUCCCCUUAGUGUCCAUUGUGUGUACAGGCUCAGAUGAGGAGCCUAUCUGUGGUACCAUACUUUAUUGUAUCAUAGUCUAUCCACAUGAACGAAAGCCACUGGUCAUGUAACUGGUCAUGCACAUCAUGCAUUUAGGUUUUGCAUUCAUGAAAUCGUAUGAUUUUAAUGAUGAAUUUAUAGUCUAAUUUGUGUUGCUGCCACACAUUUCAGAGAAAUAUCAAGGUUUCAAAGAUUUUCAGCUUACUGAAGUUUUACUAUUUGUGUGGUCAUUAAUUCACACAGGCCCUGAUAGCAGGAGGCAGCACAAAUUAAGUCUGUGAGUGGAUUUUAGAUGUAUGGAAUCAUUAUCGUUGUUAUUUAUAUACCUUCUUUAUAGAGAUGUAAUUAACUCUUUUAACCGAACUGAACUGACUGACUCUAAAGUACUGACUGUAAAAGGGACACUCUGCAUUUUGACACCACAUCCUUUUUUGGCAAACAACUGUUUAAAUGCUGACAUCAUUUGAACCCCAGAACAAAUUGAAUUUAGACUACUAAUUAACUAAAUGGAUAUUAUUAGUGAUGUAUUAUUUCUUUAAUAAGUGAUGAUUGGUAGUGAUGUCAAAUUUUCCUGAGUCUCUCUUUUUAAGCCAGCUGUUGUUUUGUGCUCUUUUGAAUUGCAUGACCAAUGUGACCAACGCGUUUGACAAUGGUGCGGCGAGAAAGAGCAAGAGAAAGAAAGCACAAUGUUGAAUAUUAAUAUUAUUCCUAAGUAUUUAUGUGCAAAGAUAAGCUGAUAUGUUGUGGUGGAUUCUUUUAUUUUUUGUUAUAAAUGUAGAUUUUCAUCUGUAUUGUUCAUGUUCUGCUGAAAAGGACUCAACAAUUGUUUUGGACAUUUCAGCCAAUUGUUAAAAAACCUCAUCCAGUGUCCAGUUAGUCUUUGUUGUUCACACAGCCCUCCAAUCAACACUCCUGUUGUAUCCCAUGCCAUGUGACGCACCCCUGUACGAUAGCUCACAAGGAGAGGCUUGUGUUUGUAUGUGUGUGUGUAUGUGUGUGAAAGAGUUUUUGGGGAAAGCAGAGCUCUGUAUAUAAUGGCAAAGGAACAGUGUGUGUGUGUAGAGCGGUCUGUAGGUGAGAGUUCAAAGGUCGAAGGUCGAAGACCAAAGUUAACGUGGUGCACUGUAAUACUCCCAGAGGUCUUUGUGAAAUGUCAUGUCAGAUUGUUUUUGAUUAACACAAUAAAAAUAUGCAGUUACUUAAA